AUGGCUAGUAAUAUCGACAGCAACUCUCAAGGUGUGAUUGCCGGCUCCGCGACCUCGUCCAAGAAGGGCAAGAAGCCCACCGCGCGCAAGUCCGUGGUUGGUUUCGGCGGACCAUAUCGCACUCAGGCGACCGGAGGAAGAGGCGCCAACAGCGCGAUCACCACCGACGCCCAGAGAUCCAUCUCUGACUUCCGCCGCAAUGCGAGCAACGGUGGCAGCGGCGCACCUCCUCCCUUGGGUCUUGCAGUCCCGGUCCGUCCAGACCUUCGCCAGUCCCGUCGCUAUCGCAAAGUCCUCCGCGACAAGAUCCAGGGCAUCACAGCGCCCGACAUCCGUCGUCUCGCUCGUCGUGGCGGCGUCAAGCGCAUCCAGAAGAAUGUGUAUGAAGAGACGAGACUGGCCAUGAAGCUGCGCCUCGAAGCCUUGCUUCGCGACGUCAUCACCAUCGUCGUGUACGCUGGCCGCAAGACGGUUACCACGCUCGAUGUCGUGUAUGCCUUGAAGAAGCAGGGCAACACCAUCUACGGUUUUGGCGAGGCGAUCCUCCCGGGCGCCUGA